UGGGGGUGGGGGUGGCACUCGCAUCUUCCGCAGUCACGGAACGGCUCCUUCUCCCUGCCCUUUCCCGAUCUCAAGGAGUAUUACAAGUACUAUAAGUAAUAACAGCAGGAAGGGAUAAUAGAGAGGUGAUCCAAACCAAUCAUCUCCUCCAUUGAUGAAUGAUAAGCUGGGGCUUGCCCAAGGCUACCCCGCUAUAACACAAAGUCCAGUGUACAGGGCUCAGGAUAGAUCGGAAUGGUGAGAAACCCUCAGUUAGGACACCUCUAGUACCUACCCACUUGACAGGCUCCUUCUAAGGACCAAAUGAGAAAACCGCCAGGGACCGAGGGCAGACUCGCACCAAGGCCGAGAAAGUUCGUCCCCCUACAGUGCCUGUGCCCCAGGUAGAAAUUGUACCUGGCCGCCUGAAUGAAGCUGAAUGGAUUGCGCUUGUGAGCAUUGAAGAGGGUGAAGAUGUGGUAGGGGAUAUCUUGGCUGAACUGCUGGCCCGCGUGAUGGAUGCUGCCUUCAAGAUCUAUCUGACUCAGCAGUGCAUCCCAUUCACCAUCAGCCAGGCCCGAGAGGCCAUGCUGCAGAUCACUGAGUGGCGAUUCCUUGCAAGGGAUGAGGGUGAGACAGAUGUGGCCGAAGACCCUACAUGGGGGGAGGAUGAGGAGCCUAGGGCCAGCACCACAGACACCUGGGCUCAAGGCUCUGUGCCUGUACUGCAUGCACCUUCCCCUCCUAUUCCCCCUGGACUCGAACCCAUCUCCCAACCUGAGGGCACUGAGUGUUCGGAACAGCUCCCCUUGCAUCAGAAGACUUGGAUCUCAUGUUCUGAGGAGCAGAGCUUAUCUUUCUGGGAACCUCUUGAGUUGGGGCCCACCCCAGGUCCCCCCCCAACACCAGAACUCUCUUCACAGAGCCCCCAACACUUUGUCUUACCCCACCCUUGUCUAGAUUCAGCUCCUAAUAGUUAUCCCUGUCUUUCCAUGUGGGAGAGUUCCCAGAUUUCUUUAGAAACAUCCAGCCCAAUGAGUCCACAUCCUUCUCUAGAUAUGUACUUAUGGGGAAGUUCUCAGGCACCUCUAACUUCACAGCCCACUUAUGUUCGAUCUCCUCAACCGACCCCUCGAUCCUCUUUCCAUCCACAGGGGGGUGGGGACACCCAAGACCAAAUGGAGGAGGCAGAUUUACCUUCCCCCUACUAUCUAUCUGUUCCUCUCCCACCAUUCCUGGCUAGUCCUCCCUGGGGCCUCCCUAAAUCCCGGCCUCUUCCAGCUCAGGUACCUUCACUAAGCCCCACUUUGUUACCUGCUGCCUCAGCCAAGUUCAUGCGCUUACAGCUGGGACGGUCAUACCUAGCACCCGGUCUGGUGUAUGAUAAAAUGGGACAAAUCAUAGCCAUGGAUCCACUGGAUCCUACCCAUCUUCCCCAGCACCAAAUUCAACCCCUGGCCAAAGUUGUGGUCCCUGAUGCAGAGGUCCACCCACUGGAGUCCUACAAGGAACAAAGGAAGCAUGUAAAGUAUGGGAAAAAGCUCAAUUUUAAGCUGCCUGCCCACCGCCGCCCCAUUCCCAACUUCCAUCGUGGUUUCCAUUUCCCUAGCCCAGGCCUUCCCUUCCUAACCCCUGUCUUAGAACUCCAGAGCCGGCACUUCACUCCAAAGCAGUGGUCUAAUAUCCAAUGGCCUAGUGGGUUGGAGAGGAAAACAGAUCUAUUGCAGAUGCAGCCAGUGGGUUCAAGUCUGAUGUCAACGAUGGAGUCAGGAAAAAGGCCAAGUCCUGACCUGAGUACACUUCCUCACCAUGGUACAAGAGUCCUUGAGGCCACCUCCCAGCUGAUGUGGAAACCUUCAUCCCUACUGGACACAAUGAAGCUGAUGCCUAAUGUGAGCCUCUGGAAUCCAAGCAAAAACACUCAUCGAAGUGGUUUUAUUCCUUCCCACAGAGAGAGAGAAAAAACCCUUGGUCCACUGUCUGAGGAACCUUCUGAGCAGCGACCUAUCCAGACCCAUGCACUUAACCCUCAGGUCACUGUGGCUCAAUUGCUGAAGGGCUCCCCACCCAAAGUUCGGGCCCUUCCCUCUCAGGAGGCCCUCAACACCACCUUCCCUGAGGAAGCCUGAAUGAAGGUCCUAUGUGACAUUCCAACCCCAUCCAACAAUAUCCUGGCACCCAAAUCCCCCUUUGUUUGCCUCCCAACAAUAAAUACUUGUAGGGCCCUAGAUUUUAGGCUAAUAUAUCCCUGCCCAUUAAUUUAUAUAAUUAGUCCAAAAGAGGGUCACCCUUUCAUGUCCAAAGGCCCUCUAACAAGGACAUUUCCCCCACUUCCUGACUUUAGGCAUCCUCCAUUCAGAUGGAGGAGACAUACCCUCCCUUCCAAGGACCCUUUAAUAGACAUAGAGUCUCUUCUCAAAGAGACAGGGAAUAUCCCAAAUUGGGAUAUGUAGAGAGUAUACUAGAAAUCUUGGGUCCAGAUGUAAAUAUCAACAGGUAUGGUAUUGUCAGAGAUUAAGGAUUCUUUUGAAAUCAUUCCACCACACAAUGUGCUAGUCUGGUGGGCUGUGAAAUGACGACAGAUUCUGAAGAAGGAGACACCCAUCACUAUUGUUACAUACAACCAUGAGGAUUCUGAAGAACAAGAGGAGAAAUGCUCACACUUCUAGAGAACUCCCAGACUAAAUUAGAGACACCCCUACCUUUGGGGAAACUCUUGUUUUGACAAAGAAUCAAAGACUUUGUCGGAAAAUACCUCAGAGGCCAUCCAAACAAGUCUAUCAAAACAAGAGUCCUCUUAAACUCUAUUAGGGGAAGUUAAAGUAUUCAUCCUUUAUUUGCAGACCUGUAUGGAAAAGAAAAUCCAACUGACUCGUUCCACUUUGUAAUCUGAGCAAUGUUAAGAACUUUUUCUUCACAGGAAGCCAAAAUCUUCCAAUGUGAUUUUUACUUGUUGGUUUGUAGUACUAUCCUUUGAAGUCAAGGACAAGUCAAUUGCCUCUUCUACAUUGGAAGUCUUUCAAAAUGAUAUAGUCUAUUUCCAUCAGUUUUAUUCCUUAUAUAGUAUGAAUGUUACCAUUCUGGGUUGUCUAGUUCUAGAUACAUUCUAGUUUGAGAAUAUGUUUUCUAAUGUGCAGACCUAGAAUGGACUUCAAACAUGGUCUGACCAAGGCAAGUAGACUCUCACUAUAUCUAUUCUUGAUAAAUCAACUGUGUCUGACAACAUAUAUGGAGAGGAACUAAGUAAUUUUGUCAUCUUUUCUCCAAUAGUGCUGUAAUUUUUUUUUUCCAUUCAGCUUUAGGAAAUUCCCAACUAUUAAAUUUCCUCUUAAUGGAUUUGUUCCAUCAUUCUAGUUGUGGAGAUCUUUUUUGGAUUUAGAUUUGGACAUCAAAUUUAUUAUAUCCUCCCUUCUGACCUUUGUAUUGUCUAUAAAUUUGAUCAGCACAGUGCCUUGUAUAUAAUAAAUGCUUAAUAUCUGUCAAAUUUAUAUCAUAAUCUAAAACAGUGAUAAUAUUAUACAACACAGGGUCAAAUACAGUUCUCUAGAGCAUUUCACUAAAAGUCCUCGACAAGUUGACAGCCUAUCAGUGAUUGCAUUUUGGGCCCAAUCAUUUAGCCAGUUCUGAAAACCCCAUGUACUAUAAGGAGCCUAUCACACCUCUUAAUUUUGUUGCCAGAAUAGCAUAAUAUGCUUUGCUGAAAUCAAGCAUAGAAAAUCUAAAGCAUUUCCCUGAUCCACUUGUCAGGAAAAGAAAAUUACUUUAGUCUGGCAAGUCCUCUUCAUUAUUAUUGCUUCCUUUUAUAGAUGUUCGCCACAUACCAUCAUUCCUUUAAUAACCCAAAUCAAUCUCACUUAUAAUUUGCUGAUUUUAAUCUUUUCCUCCUCCCACUCCUUUUGCAGUGUGCUUUUUAUUUUUUAUUUUGUACAGUUUUCUAUUAUUUUAAAGUAUUUUUCCAUGGUUCCAUGAUUCAUGUUCUUUUCCCUCCCCUCUCCCCUUCCCACUCCUGGAGAUGACAAAUAAUUCCCCUGUGUUAUACAUAUAUUAUCACUCAAUACCUAUUUCCACAUUAAUCAUUUAAGUAAUAGAGUAAUCUUUUAAAACCUAAACCCCAAAUCAUAUACCCAUAUAAACAAGUGAUAGAUACAUCAUAUGUUUUUCUUCUGUGUUUCUACUCCCUCAGUUCUUUCUUUGGAUGUGGAUAGCGUUCUUUCUCAUAAGUCCCUUGGGAUUGUCCUAGAUCACUGCAUUGCUGCUAGUAGAGAAGUCCAUUACAUUUGACUGUACCACAGUGUAUCAGUCUCUGUGUAUAAUGUUCUCUUGGUUCUGCUCAUUUGGCUCCACAUAAGUUCAUGGAGGUUCCUCCAGUUCAUAUAGAAAUCAAGCAGUUCAUCAUUCCUUAUAGCACAAUAGUAUUCCAUGACCAUCAUAUACCACAAUUUGUUCAGUCAUUCCCCAAUUAAGGUAUAACCCUUCAUUUUCCAACAUUUUUGCCACCACAAAAAGUAUAGCUAUAAAUAUUUUUGUACAACGAUUUUUAAUUAUCUCUUUGGGGUACAGACCUAGUAGUGGUAUUGCUGGAUUAAAGGACAGACAUUCUUUUAAAGUCCUUUGGGCAUAAUUUCAAAUUACCUUCCAUAAUGGUGGGAUCAAUUCCAAACUCCACCAGUAGUGGUAUUGCUGGAUCAAAGAGCAUACCAUCUUUUAAAGCCCUUUGUAGUGCCUUUUUAUUGAGAUUAGUGAGGCUCAGUUAUAACAAUAUAUAUAAAGACAAACUUUAAAGCUGCAUAUAAAUGUCCAUCAUUGGUUUUUCUGAAAUCUUGCAAUACUUCCAUUUCCAAAAUCAAUUUUCAUUGAUUUUAGCUGAGCAAUCACAUCUACCAAAUACAUUUUCUUAGCCACAUGAUUGGAACUUAUUUGGGGAACUUGCUGCUCUCUUCCUAUCUAAUGGGACAGUUGUUCUCAGAGCUAGGAAGACCUGGGUUUCCAAGUCCUCCUGACACACACUAUUUGUAUGAUGCUGUGCAAAUCACUUCUUCCUUCAGUGUUCUAGUCAAUUCUCAAAGCCUACAAAUUGCUUUAAGGGUGCUGACUUUUAUUGAAAGGGUUCCCUCACCUAAGAGCCUCCUAUGCUAAUUAAAUCGCUGGUCCACUGCAGUCCUUAACCUUUCAUUUCUCUUGAUAGUUCUUGGCAAAGAAAAGAGAAGCAAAACAACUUGUUCUGCCGUCUCUCCACUAUCCAUUAUCAUUGUUUGAUCUACCCUGCAAUGUUCCUAUCUCUUCUCCUACUCUUUUCUUCAAUAUAAAAUCCUUUUCCCUUAUUAACUUUCCUCACCAACUUUAGCUCUUUCUGAGUUUUAGGAAUCCUAAGAGAAUUCUUAAAAGAAUGUAUCCUGCUUUUAUGUUAUCUUUCUUUACCUUCAUUUUCUUUACAUAUAUCUUGAAAAAUCUGAUUUGUACUUUAAGUUAUUUUGUAUGCAGCACUGAUAUCUUUAGAGAACUCCUUUUCCUCCUCAAGAAAUGUUUCAUGUUCUGAUUUCAUUGUUGGAGUGAACUGACCCACCCUCCAUCUGAUUUUCCCUAAAAGUUUUAAGUCCAUGUGACUCAAGUCAUCUUUUCUUUUUUAAAAAAUUCAAUUAUAUUUCCCUUCCAGUUACAAAUUCAGCCACUGAGAAGUCAAGAAAAACAAAAUCCAUUGCAAAUAUGUAUAGUCAGACAAAACAAAUUAUCACCUAAUCAUGCAGAAAGAAAAAGGAAAAAUAAGUAUUUUAAUUCUGAGUAUCUCUGUCUGAAGGUGGGUAGCAUGUUUCAUCAUGAGUCCUUUGGAUUUGUGUUAUUCAGAAUUACUAAAGUUGAUUAUCUUUAUGAUGUUGUUAUUGUAUACAUUGUUUUCCUUGUUCUUGUCACUCCAUUUUGCAUAAACUCAUAUAUCUUCUUAGGUUUCUCGGAAAUCAUCUCCAUCAUUUCUAACAGCAUAAUAUUAUUCCAUCAUAUAUAAAUGACUCAUUCUUUCCCAAUUGUUGGGUACCCCCACAACCUCCAAUUCUUUGUUAUCACAAAAAGAACUGCUGUAAAUAUUUCUAUACCAAUAGAUCCUUUUCCUCUUUAUUUGAUUUUUUUCCUGUGGUAUAGACCCAGGAGUGGUAUUGGGUCAAAGGUACAGCUGAAUAGCUUUUGGAGUAUAAUUCCAAAUUGCUUUCUGGAAUGGUUAGAUUGGUCUAACCUGUCUUUUCUCUGAAUCCUUUGAUAACUGCUUUUGAAAAUCUUGUACUGCAUCUCAAGGUACAUGGCUUUCUUCUCUACAUUCUCCAUUUCUAUUUUAGUCACUAGUUUCUUUUGGGGGAGAUUAUAAAUUCGUUCACUGCUUCCAUAUUUGGAGAGGGAAAUUACCAUCAAGACAAACCAAGAAAUUUUUUGUUGCUCUGCUUUUGGCAGAAAAAGCAUUUCAGAUAUCCUAUGCCACUAUGUUGAAUUCAUCUUCCUUUAUCUGUCCUUGCUUGAGAAGCAACAACUGUGGGACUCCAGGCAUGUGAUCUGCAUUAGUGUAGGGAAUCUCAAUGUGUAAAUUCCCUUUACCCAAUCAUAUCAGCAAUUAGGCAAAUCCAUAACUUGAAGUCUUAAAAAAUGGCCUGUGGCCAUUGAGAAGGUAAGUGACUUCUGGUCAUAUAGCUAAUAUCUACCAGUGGUAGUGCUUGAUCCUAGGUCUCCCUGACUCAUAAGACCAACAGCCUAUCUAUGUUGUCAUCUUCUCUGCAAGAGAAUUAUUUGACAUUAUUGGACCUCCACCUGUACUCCUUUGGCUCAAGUGUUGCCUUAGUUUUAGGUGAUAUACUGUUAUAGAUAAAAGAGUGGUUGCCUUAAACUGUGACUGUGAAAAUAUGUUUUCAAAACUUUGAAAAUUACCAAAACUAUAAAGAUAAUUUUUAGUGUCUUGAUUUUAUACCAAAGUGGUCGCCAUGGGAAAAAUUCCCCAAUAUGAAAUAUACCCAAUUCAGCUGGGUUUUAUGGAGAUUUUAAUUAAUACAUAUAAGGAAUUCAUGAAAGGGAGAGAGAGAGUAAGAGGAAAUAAUGACAAAGGGCUAGGCCAGCCUAGGCCAGCCUAGGCUUAAGCCUUAAGAGAGAGAUCAGUCAGUUUUUAAACCACUCACCACAAGAUUUGUCCCAAGCAAGAUUCUAGUUUUCAGAGAGACCCACCAGUUCAGCUCCUCAGCUCAACUAAGUUCAGCCACCGAGCCCUUCAAUUCAGCUUUGGGAAGCUGAACUUUCAGCUUCUAAGGCUUCCAUUCAGAGGCCUUCUGGCCUCCUUUUAAAGAGAAUUUUCACCUCCCCUAAAUUUUCACCUCUACUAAUCACAAUAGACGUUUUCACAAGACUGACUAUUCUGAAUUUCACACCUGAAUAGACUAAACUUUUGAGUAAUUCACACCUGAGUAGAAGACUAAAACUUCACACCUCUUUUGUUAAGCUUGUCCCUUGCAAGUUUGCAACUUGCCUGACCUUCAUAGGUACUUAGCACCUUUUUGUAUUAGAUCUAAAAAUAGACCCAGCUUAAGUUUUUUUAGCUUUACUUUAAGUAUGGGUUAAAUACUUUUCAUUGUUCAGUAAAGAGUUUACAACUUUAUCUUUCCCUAAAGUAUGCUUAAGUAUGGGUGGAGUAGAGUUCUCACAUUCCUGAUCAAGUACCUUCAUUGUUUAAAAUGGGGAAUGGUCUUAACCAAAUCUUCUGAAGUAGGGUCUGAGAAUUUUUAAGAUUCACAAUACCCAAGUGGUGAAGUGGAUAGAGUUCAGCUUAUGGAUUGAGGAAACUUGAUUUUGAAUGUGAUAGCUUCAGAAACUAGAGGCAUAACUCUAAGUAAGGCAUCUGACUUCUCUAUGCCUUGGUUUCUUUCUCUACAAAAUGGAGAGAGCACCUCGUCAGGUUUCGGGGACGAUCAAAUAAGUAUGUUUAAGGUGCUCUAUGAAUGUGAGCUCCUAUGAAUGUGAGCUAUUAGCCAUCCCAUAGUUGGUUGCCAUGUACGUUUUUCCUUCAAGAGAAUUUAAUAUCUGAGUUGGACACCAGGUGGUGCUCUAGUGGAGCCGACGGCCCAGUGAGCUUGUGUGUUGCUUAUGCGGAAGUCUUCCUAAAGGCUGUUGUAUCCCUGUUUGCCACCAGGUGGUGGUCAGCCUGCAAAUGCCAAGACUGGUCUCCCCACUGCUCCAGCAGUGCUUGGCAGGCAAAGCUAAGCAAUUUGAAUCAACAUUGGCUCACUAUACCCAAAAUCAAUCUAGAGAAUGAAAUGAAGUAACUGCAUAAAACAUGAAAAUAGGAAAAUUGCAGUCUGAAAUUAAUUUGUAAUGCCUGCCCCUCCCCUUCCUGCCCCUACUUCAUCCGGCCUCUCCCCUCAGUAGUCAGGCCCUGAUACUUAACCCUGUUAUGAUUUCAUCAUUUCUUGUAUAUAAAUGGAAAGAAAACAAAUGAACCCUUCAUAUAAAGGCAUCCACCUCUAGCCAUUUCCUAACCUAUCCCCUGCCAAAUCUUUAGAUGUGGCAGAGAGGACAUAUGUCUGAGACUCAUGGAGAAGGAAAAGGGGAAGGAGCUACCCCAACUCACUUUUAGGAUCAUAGACUAGAAAAAGGGAGAAGGAAGAAGGGAAAAGAUAAAUCAAUCUCUUUUAUAGCUUUUCAGCCAAAUGAGAUUCACAGAAACUUGUCAUUUUAGCAGUUUAGGAUCUUCUUUCCCUGAGGACAACAUUAGUCUCCCUCUCAGGAUCAGGACUUUUCCCAUAGUGCUAGCUGGGGUUGUCUCUAUGCUUCCCACUGUGUUAUCAGUCAUAACUUCAUGCCUUGACUUCAAUGGUAAUGAGCAAAUUCAAAUACAAAGGAAGUUGAAUGAAGAGGAGCCUACCCUGGAUCCUGAUUUGUACAGAUCUCAACUGUUUUCCCAUAAGGGAACAUGCCCCUCUUGUACACAAGAAUCCACCAUGAUCUCCAUUGGAAGGAUGAGAGAUGAUCACUCUCUCAUAUGCCAAGAUCAUCCAAAACCACACAGUCUUGCCAGCAAGUAUUACUCCAGGAACAGGUGUAAACAACUCAGAGGAUUGGCAAAGCUAGAGGUUACACACACACACCUUUAAUAAUCUAAAUUGGUUGAUGUGCUGAUUUCACUGUGCAUAUAUACACUAGGUAUAGCCCUUGUCUGAAGACAGUCUUUAGCCACAGGGAGCCCUUCUUCUUAGGGAAGAAAGAACCCAACCCUCAGAGAGCCCCCAUUUGGAAGAGGGGCCUAUCCUUACCUUAAGGGAAGUUCUAUCUGUUAGGAAGCUGAACCUUUAGGAGGGUUCCAGUAUAGGGCAGGAUGCAUCAACAAUAGACCAAAAGUCAAGACAAGACAAGAAAGAACUGGGUUAUUGUUAGAUUGAGGCACAGGAACUGGCAACAGUCUAAGAGAAAGUUAUAUAGAUGGUGAUAUAGUAGGAAAAAUAAUCCUUAACCAUUGCCAUUUCUUCUGUACUACCUCAGACCCAACUGAGAGGAGAAGCAGGUGGGAAAGAACAAUCCAACCCUGGCUGCCAUUCCUAUGCUGCACACAAAUUACUGUAACAUUUGUUGGUUCAUUCUGCUAUUAAAUCACAUAACUAUU